AUGUCAGCACCACCAGACCAUGCCGCAGACGAGGAUGAUAUAGACCUCAGCAGCGUCAUAGCCAGUACGCUCACGGCAUUAACGGAGCUGGGUGAUGUUGAUGUUGAUGCUACGAAAGACCAAAGCGACGAUCACCGGUUGCAAAACGAGCGGCUGCAAAAUCUGCUGCACCUCGAAUUGCUGCACCCCACUCUGCAAGAUGAGCACAUACAUAAUUCAGGCGAUAACAAGGAUGAAAACCUUGACUUGGAAAGUGCCAUUGGCAACGUAUUUGACCAGUUUGACUUCGGCAGUUUGGCAAACCAGUCUGAACAAGAACUGCACCAACAACAAGACACUCUUUACGAGCAAUCGGAGCCUCGUGUACAGCAAUUACAGCAGGAAUCUGUAAUAGACGAGGAAACGUCAGUUAAGCGGAAAUCUUCUGGCCCUGUAGAAACUGCAGCUGCUGCUUCUAUUUCAGAUGCGGUAGAAUUAAAAAAUGAAACUUCAGAAACCCGUCCCCAUACAAAUACUGCUCUUGUACAAGAAAAUCAGCAAAAGGAAGACCUCGGUCUAGAUGAUGCCAUUGGAAAAGCAUUUGAGCAUGCGUUGCUGAAAGACACGAAUCAUGAACAAGAUGUAUCUAGUAAUGAUAAAGUUGUGGAAUCUCCCCCACAUGUUCAAGAUCAACAAAAUGAUCAGGAACAAGUACAGGAGCAAGUAGAAGAAGUCAGUCGUCAUGAGCCAUUAGACCAACAAGGUAAAGAUCAAGAACAUACACAAGAAUACAAAAAGGAGCAAAAGGGACAUGAUGAUGAUGAUGAAUUUGAUUUGGAUCUUGAUGCUGCCAUUGGAAACGCAUUCAAAGAUGCAUUCGAGGAAUCAGGUGAUAAAAGUGAUCAAAUCGAGAAGCUGCCACGACAUGAACAAACUGACAGGAACGAUGAUAUUGAUCUUGAAGACGCGAUAGGCAAUGCAUUUAAAGCAGUACAUUCAGAAUCAAAAGAUGAAGCAGGACAACAACAUAAUGGCGAGAAUGAGCCUUCUAAAGAUAAUCCUGAAGACGAUGAAUUGGAUUUGGAUGCAGCGAUAGGGAAUGCCUUCAGGUCUACUUUUGGCGAAGAUAAUACAACCGAACUAACAAAAACAGCACAUGAAUUGAAACAUGAAAAUAUACCAAUAUCAGAUAUUUCAGCUAGCGGGACCCAAUCUAAGGAUGUUAUCGAAACAAGACCAGUGCUAGAGACGGUUGAACAAAACAGAAGUGAGACUACCAUCAUGGGUGAAGUUCACGAGGACGAAGAAGUAGAUCUAGAAGCUGCAAUUGGUACAGUGUUUGCCAAUUUGACCACCGAAAAACAUACGGAUGAGCCGACACACAAAGAUAUAAGUGAUCAGACUUUUGGUCAUGACGCUUCUCCCCAUGAUGAAGUUCCUGAGGCUAAAGCAGAAGGAGAUCAAGAUGAUCUCGAUCUUGAGGCUGCUAUUGGUAAUGCUUUCAGAAGCGUCAUCCCCGAAGAAAAAGAAGCGCAUGAAGAGAUAAAGCAGCACGAGGAAGAAGAUCCUGAUGCUGCCCUUGAGAGUGCAAUUGGUUCUGCCUUCGAGUCGAUUUCUACCUUGAAACAGUCAGACGGAAAACCUCACACAACCCACGAACACAUAGAUCAAAAUCACACCAAUGAUGACGAUUUAAGUGCCAUUAUAUCGUCCACCUUUCAGGAAACAUUGAAUACAAAUGUUGCACAUGAUUCAGCAGAUGAACAAGACGACACAUCAAUGCAAGACGCAAUAGCCGAAGCUUUCAAGUCGGCGGCAGAUGAUACUCUGCUCACACAUGCAUCAACACAAGAACCUCAAUUAGACUUGUCUAAUUUAGUACAAAAUAUUGUUCACCAGGUUGCAAGUCAGGAAAAUUCGGAAAAUGAGAGCCUUCCUAUUCCUGGGAAUGUUUUACAGGAUCUAGCACAAGAAAUCGCCAACCAAGUUCAAGGUUACUUGGCUGAAGGAGAUUCAAGUAAGCCCUUAUCUGUUUCAGGAGGCUUACCUAAAAUCGAUGAUAAUGUCCUUGCACACUUCCAGAAAGAAGCUCACAAAGAGGGCUCAGAUAAGCUUUCUGAACCGGCACCUUAUUUGCAAACUGCUCUUGCAACUGCUGUUCGUAAUGCCAUAGGCUCAAAUGCUUCGGCAACUUUUGAGAAGCAACCGCCUCAUGACGAUAAAGAAGCCGACUUAGAGCAAUUGCAAAUGAAUGACAUUUUACAAAAUGCAUUUAACAUGGCAAAAGAAAAUCCCCAAGAAUUGCUCUCUGAUUUAGAUGAAAACGAACAUUCAACCAUGCAUCAGUCUGUUCCAUUGACAGAUUCUCUUCGUUCAUCAGCAAAUCUACCUCAAAACUUACAAACAUUACCUCGAAAGAUUUCCUCUUCUACGGCAACGUUUUUGGAAUCUCUUAAGAGGUCCAACGAAAUCACUUUGAGUCUGGGAACUAAAAGCUCCAAGACGUCGAAAGCUGCCAUCCAAACUGGAACCGAACCAAGCCUCUCUGAACCCCAAAAACGUAAAUCGUUAUCGAUAGCUGAAACGUUGGCUUUACAUAGAUCAUCUAUGAACAAUGGACCUACUAGAAACUAUUCGGCAAUUGAUAGUUUGGAUACACCUUUCAGUGAUCGAAUCGCUUCGAUUACUCCCAGUCUUAAUUCUCAAAUUUCUAGUGUUCUCACAGCUAUAACUUCGAAGAUUUCCAAUGGGGACGGAUCCAAGGAUACUGACUUGCUCAGUGUCAUUAGACAAAUGACGAGUUCUUAUUCACCAACCACAUUGCCGUUAGCUAGUUAUCCAUCAGCAACUGAGAUCAUCUCUAGUUAUGGAUCAGCAAUUGAAAAAAACAAAAUCAUCAAAACGUUGAGGCUUGCAAAGCGCUUCUUAGAAGAUCAAUCUACAGAUGAAAUAGAUAACAGAAGCGCAGCAAAUGUGAUUUCAAACAUUAUUGCCCAGUUUAGUAUCUCUGCUGUUGGCCUGGGCUUCUCUGGAUCUGCCUCCUUGGCUGCUUCAGAAUAUUCUAAUAUCAAAAAUGAGCAGAUUGCAUCUGUUAAGGAGUCAAUCGUCUCCGCAAUUUCCAAUUUUGCAUCCACUGCCAAGCUAAGCAAGGGUUCCUCUUUUCUUUCUGGGAUAAGAGUUGAUACGCCUGAGUACCGAGAAAAGAUCCGUUCGGAAAAUAGAGAAAGAAAGAAAAGAUGGAGAGAAGAAAAUGCCGAGAGAAACAAAGAUAACGACUUGAGAUCAAGAGUCUUGAAGAAGGCUACUUCCUUGUUUGGAGAAGCAGAGUCUGCUGAAAAGAAAGCUUGGGCUGACGAAGAGUUUAACAAAAGAAGACAAAAACGUUUAACUAGGAAGUUGAAAGGACUGGAAACAAAGUCUGAGGAUUUCGGAGAUCUCGAAGGAAGGCUGCCUGAAGACCUGGGUUCAAAUGUCUAUUUGCAUGAUUCAAAUUUUAUAAAGCCAAUUUCCGAUGUUUUCAAUAUUCUUUCAGCUUGCACUCAAAAGGAAAGUCCUGGAGUUGCAUUGGCAGCAACAGCAGCGGCAACAGCAACAGUGGCAGCUAUCUACACUGAUGACAAUAAAGAUGCAAAUAGGGACCUGGUUGAUGCUGCGGUGUCUUCAUUAAUAUCGAAGUUAAUGGAAAAGGCUAAUUCUGCUGGAGAACAAGAAAGAAUAACUAGUCUUUCGAAAGGCGUCACUUCUUCCUUUAAGCUCAGCUCCUCUCCGCCCUUACCGACAACUCCUCCAUCCAUGCCUUCACAAUUGCCCGACGCAGAAUUGAGCUCGCUUGUGAAAACUGGAAGUGGUUCAACCAGUGGGAUAAUAAGCAGGCUUUCAGCUACAAUAAAGAAUUUGACUUCAAAGAACUCUUUUCAGGGUACCAUGCUUGGUCUCAGCAAUUUAAACUUACAAGAAAAGAGAUCUUCUGAGAGUAGACUACAGUCUGACCCCAAACGUGCUAAACUUGAACAAGAUAAUGACAAACAAACUAUUUCAAAAAUCGUAUCUGAUCUAGAUCAAAUCAGAAACUCAAUAGUGACAAGUACUGGUGCUAAUAUAUGGAGCUCCAGUAGUCUCAAAAUGCCCCAAUACGUGCUGGAGAGCCCGCAAUCAAAAGCGAAUACCCCUCCUUAUCGUUGCCUACAGCAUCACCAUUUAUAUCGAACAAGGUUCACUUGGGUUUGGGUAUAG